AUGAUGUUCCGCUUUAAUUAUUCACCCAAAAAUGCCCCCAUUGAAGAUGUUUUUCGUUCGGUUAAUGCAAUACCCCAAGUUUUGUUGGUCGAUGACCCAUAUGCCUGUAUUUAUGGUACGGUUUAUAUUGUUGAUAUGUCCCAAAUAACUACAGGACACAUUCUGCAAUUAACCCCGCCCUUUGUAAUGAAGGUAGUUACCUAUUAUGAGAAUACACUGCCAUUGAGGGUAAAGGCCAUCUAUUGUAUAAAUGUACACAAAUUGGCGGAACAGCUAUUGAAACUGAUAUUAUCGUGUAUGGGUGAGAAGUUGAGACGAAGGGUCUUUAUUUGUGGUAAAAAUUUCGACAGCAUAUAUCAGGGCCUUCCGCCAAAAUACUUCCCUCAGGAUUAUGGUGGUGAAAAUGGAAGAUUGGAGGAGUUGUGUGCCGAUUUUAAUAAGAAAUGGGAUGAAUAUCGUGAAUAUUUUCAGGAUAAUAUUCAUUACGGGACAGUUGAAAGUUUACGCACUGGAAAACCCAUAGAUUUUGAUGGAUUAUUUGGUAUGGGAGGUUCCUUUAGGAAAUUGGAUGUAGACUGA